GCGGCCGACGUAUAAAAUGUCGCGUGUUUGUGUCGCCUAGCCAGAACUCGUGCAAGAUUUUUUCAAACAAGCUGCUUGCAAAAAAGAACAAAAACAAAAACAGAAAAACGACAACACCAACGCACAUGCAUACAUAAAUACAUACUCACAAACGGGCAUUUACAAUACCAUUGCGGCGACAUACUGUUGUCUGUGUGUAUAUCAUUUUUUCAUUUUUUUUUUUUUUGCAAUAUUUUCUUUAUAAUAACUGAGUUUCAUAUCACAAUCACCAUUUAUUUUGUCCCUCCAGCAGCAUCCUGCCUUCUCCCUCGUUUCGUAAAAGAUCCCAGCAACUGAAGGACAGAUGACGGAGAAAGAUAAAUAACAAGAAAUCAGAACACUAGCAGACAUUUCUGUGUUUGGUGUUGGACAACUUUUGGCAGGAAAAAAAAAAAAAAGGAGCCGAGUGGAAUAAAUUUAUUUUGACACGCUACAUUAGUACAAUAGCUACCACUACUUCUACUGCUACUGCUGCUGCCCCUGCUGCAUUAUCAGAAUUACUGAUAAACGAACCAAUCGACUAAACAGACUAACUGACCAAUUGGAAUACAGCGAAAUACUAGGCUGACGAAAGACGGAGACAGUAUCAACGGGGCUGGCUCAUUAUUCUCAGAUAACUUUUCAACAGUGAAAAUAAACAUGUUUCACACGCUGGCCAUAUGUGUCGCCAUUUGGAGCCGAGGACAUACAGGUUAGACAACAGAAACUGUUAUAUAUCUUUCACAAUCUAGCUAAAAGAGUCAUGUUCCAUGGUUUCGUACCAUUCUGCAUGUCUCUUCUGACAAAUAAAAGACACGCUGAAAGAACGUUAUUUUAUGCCGAUAAAUUGGCCUUAAAACUAUUUAUAUUGCUCUGCAAAGAAUUAAUUUAAAAGAUAAAAAAAAAACGUGAAAAGAAGUAUAAGAAAAAGACAGAUAUUCAUUUAUAUACCAAACAUAUAUUCACACAUAAUAUACAUAUAUAUAUAUAUACAUAUCCAUCUAUAUUUAUAUCUAUAUUUAUAUCGUCUAUUUAUAAACUAUAUUUGCCUGUCGUUAUCUGUUGUUAAUUAUCAUAUCUAUAUAUUUGCAUAAAUAUAUGUAUAUAUAAACGCACACAUAAUUAUAUACAUAUAUAAACUAUACAUAUAUAUGUAUAUCAGUACCCUUUUUGCUAUAAAAUAACAUAUAUAUACAUACAUGCAUAUAUCAUAUCUAUAUAGAUACGGAUAAAUUAUUUAUUGUCUAAGCUUCUAUGAAAUAACUUGUUUUGUAAAAUUUUCUUUAUUUUCUGUGAAAUAACACCAUUCCAUAAGUGUUGGGAACAACAAAACAAAACCAACCAUAAACACAGACAUAUAAAACACUAGUAGAAAUACUAACCAAUAACUCCAAGAAUUCAAAAUGCCACGUGGAUUUUUGGUGAAACGAACAAAAAAUGCUGCGGCAUUCUCUUACAGAGUUCGGAAUUCCGAUGAUAGUGACUCUGAUCACGAACACAUUCAAACAAAUUUCGGUUCUCCAGAUUCUGGAUAUUCUCCAAGUCCGAUAUCAUUGACUCCACGCGAGAGAGAUCUCCAUGCCUUUGACAGGGACCCGACACAAGGUACCACCCUGCCCUCGUCUCCGUUGCCAAGUUAUCCGUCCCCACAUUACUUUUAUGCCUUCGACAGACUGAGCGUUUCUAAUUGUUCACCAGUCAACUUGACCCCUGUGAAAAACGAAACCGGAACUGCUGCUCUUUCCAGUCCUAACAAACGCAGGGGUCCGGCCGAAGCCGAGAAAAAGGUGAAAACGCCCAAGAAACCGAAAGCUUGUCGUAAAAUUAAUUUCGACGAGGACAAGACGUCACCCGUAUCGGGUACAAUCAUCAAAGACAUCUCUGAUACGGACGAGGAAGGACAAGUUGUGUGCGGAGACAUUGACAGUGCCUUUAACUAUGUAGAGAUCACGGCGGAAGCUAAGGCUGAGCUGGAAAAAAUCGAGAACAAAAUUGGCGACUAUGUCUGUCAGCUAUGCAAAGAAUAUUUUGACGAUGCCUUCCAACUGGCUCGCCACAGAUGCUCACGCAUCGUGCAUGUAGAAUAUCGCUGCCCUGAAUGCGACAAAGUUUUCAACUGUCCAGCCAACCUCGCUUCGCAUCGGCGUUGGCACAAACCGAAAACCGCGUCCGACAAAAAGAACGUCCCCACUCACAUACUGCCGGCCAACAUCCCGUCGGUUGCUCUCAACAGUAACCACAGCAACGGAACAAAUGGAGAUCCGAUGGACGAAUCCAGCGACAAAUGUGACAGUCCACGAAUGCUAACGUCACCUCCUGGCUCGCCGAACAACUACACAGCUUCCACACAUCACCACCAGUACUUCAAUUCGAACUCAUCACCGUCUCCGUCGUCCGCUUCACCUCCAGCCGUCACCAUCAACGACUGUCCGUCGUCCACUGUCGAAGAAGGACAAUUCCAGUGUGAGAUAUGUUUCAAAAGGUUCCGCCGUCAAGCCUACCUGAAGAAGCAUAUUCUUAACCAUAACAAUGACCGAGCCAAGCAACAACAACAACAACAACAGCCGCCACAACAACAACAACAACAGCAACAACAGUCAGAGCAGCACCUUUCAUUGCAGCAACAACAACAAAGUGAAACUAGUCAGCCCUCAACUCACAAUCACUUACAGAACCAACCCACCGACUCGCCACCUCAUAGUUAUUUCCAACACAAACACCAACUCCAUCAACACAACAAUCAAAACCUCACGCAAAACAACGGUAGCAGCAACAACAACAACAACAACGCUAACAAUAACAACAGCGACAUCAGCAGCAGCAAUAACAACAACAACAAUAACAACAACAACAACAACAAUGACAACACAGAUUCCAAUGGCAACAAAGAGCCGACUUCUUCGCUAAACAGCAAUGUAAAUACACAAAACGGUGCCUCGAGUAAUAACAGUUCUAGUAUGGUGGUCAACGAGAGUAGUAGUGAGAGUAUGGACCCCACGACUAGCUGUAGUACUCCGGCUGCAACAAAUGGUACCAUCACUAAUGCUACAAGCAUUGCAAGCAACGGUAGUAAUAGUAGCCUCACGACCACUGACACAACAACCACCAACAGCAGCACCGACACCACUACCACCACCACCACUACCAAUACCAACACCACCACGACCGGCAACAGUAAUAAUAACAACAACAGCAACAACAGCAGCAGCAAUGGUAACGGAACCACUGCCCACCUAUCAUGCGACCACUGUAAUAGCAUUUUUACCACAAAAACGGCUCUCGAGAAGCACAGCCGGACGCACAGUGGCGAGGUUUUCACCUGUAAGUACUGCUCAAGUCGCUUCUAUAGUUCUCCAGGUCUUACCAGACACAUCAACAAAUGCCAUCCCUCCGAAAAUAGACAGGUCAUUCUUUUACAAUUGACCCCAGUUAACCGACCUUGUUGAUUACGAAUAUCAAUACAAACAAUGAAUUUUGUCAUCGUCAUCUACAAUAGCAACAAACAAUAACAGCAGCAACUACAACAACCAGAUCUGUCUAAGAACAAUAAUUUAACAUCAAUAAGAACAACAAUAGCAACAACAACAACAAUAAUAAUAAUAAUAAUAAUAAUAACAAUAAUAAUGAUGAUGAUAAUGAUUAUCAACUGCCUCUUUAUUUAAAAGUAUGAAACCGAGGCAAGUUAUUUUAAUGAGUGGUCUAGACUUAAACCCCUCUUGAAAUUAUAUACCUUUCUGUGAGAAGAUAAAAGCGAAGUUCGUUGGUUGGUCACCAACGCAACAAUACCUGCAAGUGAAAUACGAACUCUCAAACGAAAAGAUAGCCAGGCAGGUGUAGUAAGUCCAGUAAUCUGAUCUACCCGGCCAUUGCACGCCCUAACCAGUCCUAUCCCAAAAUAUCAUCAUCAGCCUUAUCGUUAACAUCAGUAUCAAUAUCAACAUUAUAACUAUGAACAAAGUGGCAUUUUUCCAUUACAAAAGCUCGACAUUACCAGUACAAACUAUACCGCCAUUAUACUAUAACGGGACAAUUUACUCGUAUCACUCCCAUUGCUAUAACAUCGUAGAUUUACUAACUCUUAUUCACAACCAGUAAUCUCAAACACAAACAACUGUAACUAAAUAUAAACAACAAAACAGAUGAAAAAGGCGCCAAAAACAAAAAUGACCAUGAAAGUAAAAAAAAAAAAUGAACGGAAAAAACAAAAGCAAACAAUAAAUAAAUUAAUUAAUUAAUUAACAAAAAAAAAACAAAGAAAGGAACUGCAAGAUAAUUCAAAUAGUGACAAAGUAUAUAACUAAACUAAAAAUAAUCUAGGGAAGAAAUGAGGUGCUGGUAGAAAGACAGACGAAAAGAAAAGUUCUGUGACGGAACGAAAAUUGCUUAUCAGUAAUAACACUGGAUUCUUCCUUGAUGUCUUUCAAACUAUAUCGUCCGUGUGAAAGAGAAAUCGUAAAAUAAAAAAAGAAA